CAUACUUACUUCGAAUAAUUACUACUGCCUUCAUAUUCAUCAAGUCUCAGAUAAUCAACAUGACUCUUUGCAUUCUUGCACCAAUCCUUUUACUUUUUGUGCUGGGAAGUCUUUGCAAUGACAUUGAAUUUCACAAUUUCCAUCCACCCUAUGCUGGUGAUCUCAGAUCGCCAUGUCCAGCCUUGAACGCCCUUGCAAAUCACCAUAUCAUUCCGCACGACGGUCGUAACCUUACUGUACCAAUGCUUGUCAAAGCAUUCAACCAAUCGAUGAACAUUAGCGAUGAAUUUACGAACUUUGUGGCGACUGCGGCCCUGCCUCUUGCACCUGACGGUGGGAAGAGUGGGACAUUCAGUCUCCAAGAUAUUCAGGUUCACGGUGGCAUGGAACACGACGGCUCGUUGUCUCGCAAAGACUUUGCGCUAGGCGGGGAUGCCAACUCCUUCUCCCCUUCCGUGUUCCAAGAGUUCCUUAGCUUCUUCCAUGGGAAAGAAGAUAUCGGUGUAGCGGAUGCUGCGAGAGCAAGAUGGGGCCGCAUCGAAUCCUCACGCCACACCAAUCCAAACUUCACUUACACUGAAGGCGACCAAGCCAAUAGUUAUAUCCAAUCGGCCAUUUACCUACAAGCUCUGAGGAAUGAUACAUCGGGGGAAGUUCCAGUAGAAUGGUUGAAGAUCUGGUUUGAGGAGGAGCGAUUGCCCUACAAUGAAGGUUGGCGCCCAACGAAGAACCCCGUAAGUAGUUUGUCAUUGCUUUUGGAUGUGCUUAAACUUGCUCUCUACACGCCUGAGAAACUAGAGGAAGCAUGUGAAGAAGGAAAGGGAACUCUGUAA